AUGCUCCGAUUAAUUGCGACCAUCGUCGUUGUCGCUGGUGUCGCGAUCGGCUUGCCCGAGGGGGCGAGGGCCGAGAAUGGUGGUGGUGGCGCGGUGCCGGACGCAUCCGGUGGCAGCUUCUGCCAGCGGCAGUGUCCCUGCCUGGGAAAUGCCAUCGAUUGCUCGAAGAAAAACCUCCGGACGCUGUUCCCGAUACCGCACUGGGUGGAUAAUCUCGACCUGGCGUCCAAUCGUCUGAGCCACGACACGAUUUCUGCGCAAUUAGCCGACCUUCGCAAGCUACAAGAGUUGAGCUUGAAUUACAACCGCCUUAAACGGUUGCCAGUGCUGCGUGGUCUGCGAAAUCUUACGAAGCUGCUCGCGAACAACAAUGAAAUCGAAACGAUCGACGUGGAAGCGUUGGCCGGACUGCCGGGACUCAAGUUCCUCGAUCUAUCCCGAAACGCGAUCCGGGAGUUGCAGUACACAUCCUUUCCGGUGAAAAAUAUUCUGCAGUACGUGAAUCUGAACUUCAACAAGCUGACGCUCCUGACGAAGGGGACGUUUGACCGUUUGCAGUCGCUGAAACGAUUAGAAAUCAGCAGCAACGCGUUGGAGGAGGUGCAAAGUCUUACCUUCCAAAAUCUGAACCAGCUGAAAAGUCUCAAGCUGAACAACAACCGCAUUCCGGCCCUAAUGGACGGCGUGUUCCACGGGCUGAUCGCGAUCGGUACGCUCGAGCUGAACAACAACAGCAUCACCAUCAUACGCAAGGGUGGGUUCUUCAAUCUAACCAGCCUGACGAACUUGGCCCUCGCGCGGAACCGCAUCGCCGAGAUCGAGCAGUCCGGGUGGGAGUUUACGCCCCGGCUGAUCAACCUGGACCUCGGCUACAACCGGCUCGAGUCGCUCGAUCGCUACACGUUCGAGGAGCUGUCGGCGCUGCAGACCCUCAACCUGCAGGGCAACCGCAUCUCGGCGAUCGGCGAGGGUACGUUCAACGAGACGAAAUCGCUGGAAACGCUCUAUCUGAACGAGAAUCGCAUCUCGUGGACGAUCGAGGAUAUGCGUGGGCCGUUCCUGGGCCUCGGGCGGCUGGAGCGGCUGUAUCUGAACGCGAACGAAAUCAAAUCGGUCAGCCGGAAUGCGUUCCUCGGGCUGAAAUCGUUGACCGUGCUCGAGCUGAGUCAGAACAACAUCUCGUCGAUACAGAACAAUGCGUUCAAGGAUACGAACCGGUUGAAGAGUUUAAUUAUGAACUCCACCAACCUGAUAUGCGACUGUAACCUGGUUUGGUUCUACCACUGGAUCAAGGAACGGAAGGAAGUAUUCCAAAUCGAUGCCGAGUGCAUCUAUCCAAUGUGGUUGCGCAAUCGGCUGAUCCGUAACUUGCAUCCCACGAAUUUUACUUGCUAUGACUCACCGAAACCUCACCUGAUUGAUGAACCAAAGUCGCAGCUCGGUAUUCGUGGGACCGACCUAACGCUCGUGUGCACGGCCACCUCGACCGCCGCCGAUCCGAUGACGUUCAAGUGGAAGCAGGACAAUCUGGAGCUGCCAGCGUCCCAGUACACCGUGGAUCAGUUGAACAACGAAAAUGGAACCAUCGGCACGACGGAGCUUACCAUCCCGAACAUCCAGCAACCGGGCGCCGGCAAGUACCAGUGCAUCAUCACGAACAGCUACGGCGUGGUGUACUCGCAGAAGGUGAAGGUGACGGUCGGCACGUACCCGAAGUUCAGCAAAACGCCCUCGGAUGUAAGCGUUCAGGCGGGCAAGGUGGCCCGACUGGAGUGCGCCGCGAUGGGUGACCCGAUGCCGCAGAUUUCCUGGGAAAAGGACGGUGGAAACGAUUUUCCGGCGGCGAAGGAGCGGCGUAUGCGUGUGCUGCCGAAUGAGGAUGCGUUUCUGAUACUGAACGUGCAGCCGGUCGACAUGGGAGUGUACAGCUGCACGGCGGAAAAUGCUGCCGGCGUCAUCCGGGCGAAUGCGUCCGUGGUGGUGUUCGAAAGUCCCUCGGUCUUGCGGCCGGUCAGUAGUCUGGAGAUCCCGAUCGGAAAGGCAAGCGUGCUGGAGUGCAAGAUCACCGGGACGCCAAAACCGAGCAUCUUUUGGUUGAAGGAUGGCGAACCGGUGGGACUAACGGAGCGCCAUUUUGUUACGGCCGAAGGGCAGCUGCUGGUGAUCGUCGACACGGAGCUGGACGAUGCCGGGUUGUAUGAGUGUCGGAUCGAGAACGAUCUUGGAAGCGACAGUGGAUCGACGCGACUGACCGUCAUCGAUGGGCAGGUGGAGGAUAUGCAUGAAUCCGUGCCGGGCGAUGUCCCCACAGUGGAUGGGGAGGAAAAGCGGGCCCAGGUAUUCGACACCGCACUGAUGGCGGUGAUGUUUGUGCUGCUCAUGUGCGUAGCGGUGACAUCGCUCUGUUGGUGGGUUUAUAUGAGUCGCAUUAAGAAGCGCAUGCGUGGAGGUGUUGGCCGGGGUGGGGGAGAAACGGUACUGGAUCUGGCCACCGGCAUGGAGGUUAAUCAGCCUAAUUUGAUCGUGCGAAGCGGUGUCGGAACUUCGACAACUCCUGCUGGGUACUUUGAGUACCUGAUUCCGAUGGUGCGCAAUGGGGAGAUCACAACGAACGUGGACGAGGAUGGCGACAGUGCCGAUGGCCGGACCAUUGGACGGGACGCCUGCUACUACACGGCGGUACACACCAAACCCACCACCCGCUCGACGGAGCUCGAUUCGGACGAUCUGGAUGAUGAUCUCUCGUCGAAGGAUUCCGGAACCGGCGGUGACUGCGCGUCGGCCAACGGUUCAACCAAUGCCGCUCACCGUGGUAGUCGUGAGGAUCUCAAGUGUCUGCUGCACUCGCUCACUCGCAAGCACACCAGCGAUCUGGAUCUGCACGAUCGGCCACAGUUCAACCAUCCGGCUCGGCGAUCACAUCAGGAACCGCACGAUCCGGACGAGGAUCCACGGAUCGAACCACCGCCACCGAUCCCACCGGUGAACGCAACGACCGCCGUGCUGAUGGUCGGUUCGUCAACCAUCCCACCCUCCCCGCCGGUCGUCCCGCACCGCAAAGACGAUCGUAUCCCCGCACCGGCUGCCUUCGUAGCCACCCGUAUGCCAAAUUCGCAAACCUUCCCCAGCUCCUUCGCACACUCGCAAUCGGGACCACCCGGAUCCGCGUCGCUGAACCGCACCUCCUCGCUGGAAUCAUCCGCCGAUCCGGUGCUCCCGCCGAAGCUUCCCGUCCCGCACCAGCAACAGAUACAAGUGAAUCAGCUGUAUCAGCUGCUGCUGGAAAAUCCCCGGUUGGUGGAAAAACCGGCCAAAUACCGAACCAAAUCGCUGGUGGAGCAGUGCCGUGAGUCGGAUGACGGCGUAGCAACGUCCGACGGUAGCAGUGGCAUCGAUACGGGCAGCAGUAGCAGUAAUGGUAGCACGAUGAACGGUGAGUCCGGUCGGGGCCGGGUAAAACCGGCGACGCGAGCGAUUGGCUCGGACAUCCGCCGGGAGGUGAACCGGUAG